UCAGUUUUCAUCAACAUGAAUAAAGCAACCCUCAUUCUCGCCUUUCUGGUGGUGGUAUUAGCCUAUGCUGAAGCCACCACACCUCGUUGUGCUCCUGUUUGCCGUAAAAACGUACCCAGCAGGAUCAGUUGUAUAAGGGAGGGUAAAGCUUGCCGUAAAAUUCGUCAAUGUACCAUACAAGAAAUAAAUUGCAGGCGUCGUUUAUUGAAUCGUAGACCCUUAACUCCUGUCAGUUCGUCUCUGUGUCGCAACAUUAAAAGUCCUUUGGGUUCUGGUCGUUGUUCACCUAGACGAAAACCUCGAGCAACUCGUCCUGAAUGCAAUAGAAUCCGUUGUACUGCAAGCAGUAGUCAAAUAAUAUGUGCUCGCAGCAUAAGAAAUAAUUGCCGUCUGAUGACUGCUUGCCAAUUGAGUCGUGAAAAUUGCAAACGUGGUCGUGGCAAUCGUUUAAUAAGCACUGAUAGACGUGCUUGUGCUGGAUUAGAAACAGGUGGUAGAAGUCAAAGAUGUCGGCCUAUUCCCAACAGAGGUUAAUUUUAAACUCGUACUUAUCAUGAUGAACUAUUAUUAUCCGUUUUAAAGUGUUGUUAUAUAUCAAAUUAAUUCCAAAUUUGUAAUUGUAAGAACUAUUAUUAUUCGUUUUAAAUACUUGUUAAAUGUAAUGAUAUUAUUGUUGAAAAUAAAGUUAAAUGAAUUCUGAAAUGUUAAAUUAAUAA